AUGUUCAAUGAACAAGGUAGUUGCUCCAAUAUGCAAAUCCUUAGGCACUGCCCAUCCAUGAUCUCUGAAGAAGAUAAUACCAUGCUACAAGAAUUACCAUCUGAACAGGAGAUUAAGGAUGCCAUUUUUUCAAUAGAUCCCAAUAGUUGUGCUGGGCCAGAUGGCUUCAAUGGCCAUUUUUUCCAGUUUUCAUGGGACAUCAUCAAUAAAGAAGUUACUGAUUUUGUUAAUGCUUUCUUUUAUGGAUAUGAACUGACCAAAAUUUUCACCCAUACUUGUCCUGUUCUUAUCCCCAAGGUUUCAUCUCCUGAUAGUUUCUCCCAACUUAGACCUGUCAAGAAUAUACUUCUUACCCAAGAAAUUGUUCAAGGCAUCAAAGUCAAAUAUCCUCAUGGCAAUGUAGUGAUCAAAUUGGAUAUGUCAAAGGCCUAUGAUAAGCUUUCUUGGAACUACGUCCUUGUUGUUCUUAGAAAACUGGGAUUUGCUGACCCUUUCAUUGAAAUGAUCCAUAGACUCAUCUCCAACAAUUGGUAUUCAGUUCUCAUCAAUGGUACAAGAUUUGGUUUCUUCAAAUCAUCUAGAGGCCUCAAGCAGGGUGACCCUCUAUCACCUGCUUUGUUCAUAUUAGCUGUUGAGACCCUGACUAGUGCUCUUAAUCAUCUUCAUCAGAGAGAGGACUUCACUGGUAGGAAAAAGAUAUGCUACUUUGCAGAUAUUUCUACCAAGAUCAUCAACAAGAUAGCUGACUGGCAAGGAAAAUUCUUAGCACCAAGGAGCAAAGCUACACUGAUCAACUAUGUUUUGCAAUCCCAAACUCUCUACACAUUCUCAGCACUUAUGCCACCUAAAACCACCAUCAAGGAGUUAGAGAUGCAUUUCUCAAAUUUAUUUUGGGGACAAGCUGAUGGGAAAAACAAUUAUCAUUGGAGUUCCUAG